AAUUGGCCGUCACAUGAGUCAGUCGUUAGUCCGAUUCGGAAGUGUGCAGAACUUUGGUAUGGAAACGAAUAUAAUUGGCCUGUUGCUCUUGGCACUGAGUUGGACGCAAUGUGUGCAUUCGCAGCUACCAAACUUUCCCGAACUGCCGGCGAAUGUGAGUUGCGUGACAGAAAUGCAUCGAGACCCAAUUGAUCUAGCAGCUAUGUCGGGCUAUUGGUACGAGAUUGUUCGCGCUCCGAAUAUGGAUAUUAUGAAGUGUUUGAAUGUCUCUGUGCCGCCGACUGCAGAUACGGAAUUGAACCUUCAAUUGGAGUAUAUCGAGACGAUUAAUCCCAAAAAGCCAUGGAUCGUUAAGGAGACUCUGUCAUUUCCCUGGGAUGACAAAACUUCGAAUGGUGUUUUUCAAGUCAAAUAUGAGUCCCCAUUAAUGAACUUAUCGCUCUCCUAUAAAAUACAGUUCUCUGAUCCUAAACACCUGGUCGUACUCUGCGGUUAUGCGGCCUCUGCGUCAUUGCCAAUCGUCAAAGUAUUCGCACGCCAGCCCGAGAUCCCUAAAUACCAGAUGGUUUUAAUUAAUAAUCUGGUGCACGCUAGUGGCUAUGCCGAUGAUAUUAUUUGGACGGAGCAAUCGCCAGAUCGCUGCAAUGCUGCAGUUCGCCCAGAAAUGGCAAUCCUAACCGUAUUCGCCUUGGCUAUCAUUAGAACUCUAGGUAACUAGGGUGUGUUUAUCGUUAUAGUGCCAGAAAAUGCUUCUAAGUA